ACACUGAUGCUAUCGCCGGGUCGGGUGAUUCGAGAUAACCAGCAAGCGGUGCUGUUGGGUACCUUGCUCGUCACCGCCGCCCUCGCUCUAGUCGGCUCCUCACCCCGACACUCUCUCACCACCAGCGCUGCGGCAUGGACAUGUCUCUGGGCAUAUACACGCUUUAGGGGUCAUCUCAGCAGCACCGAAGAGUCGCAAGGACGAGUACUGUCAUGGACGGCAGGAGUGCUGUUGGCCCUGUCCAGCGUAUGCGAACGGGCUGUGGAAAAGGGUCACAUAUACUGGGCAAAGGCUUUAAUCCCCGUUCUCGUCUGCGUGGUCGUCAAGGUGGAUGCAUUCGGCACCGCGCGCUUCAACUCGAGUACCGACACUCGGUCUGCAGAAAAACCAAAGAGCGGAGACAAAAGACUUCUAGCAGUGCUUACUGUGUCGGCACUUGUAGCUCUGAGUUAUGUGAGCGACCUGAGGACAACAUUUGCAUCGGGUUGUUGUAAUGCAGUGCUCGUAGCCGUGGUGCUGUCGCUCUUACAGUCUGCCCACCGCGAGACCGUGUCGACCGGCGGUCCCGACGACGGAGUGAUAUCUGUGAGCGGUCUGCUGUCCCAGCCGACCAUCAAGAAAGACACACGACAAGUGCUGGUAGAUGUUUCGUUCGCAGCCGCAUUGGCGCAAUGGCUGUCGGCCUUCGUCCUCGAGGGUUUCAGCACAAGACCAUUCUGGUUUGCAUUUCUACCACAGCAGAUCUUGAUGGUAGUUUUGGGCUUGGGUAUGAUAGUGGUUCAUGUCAUGUUGAACAGAACGAUCAUUCUCGCGGUCGAUAAAUGCGACCAAGUCACAACAGCUUCGACUUUCGUUGUCGCAGCACUUGCCGCCCAACUGGCAGUCGACUUCUCACUAGGACGGCUGUGGUUUGCAUUGUUAUGUCUGCUCUCACUCUACGCCUUUCUCCAUGACCGCUCAACCUCGACGACUCGACACUCUGCGCCAGACGGUCGAGCAAACAUGCGCUCGAGACGCCUCCUCACGCUGCUUCUGCUUGUGUCGCUAGCUUUACUUGCAGCCUUCAGCUUCCGCGAUCGCUUGAUAGAAAGAGUCAUCCCGAUUAUUCCUACAGGCCCUGCUGGUCCCGAGUCACCUCCGUUGCGCGACCAGGAUCUAUCUGUUCCUUUGCAAUACAACGACAGCCAUGUCCAUCCGAUCGAGUAUCUGGCAAGAAACGCCGAGAACGACUUCAGCGCUCUCUUGCAAAGACAGUCACGAACCCUGCAGGAAGCCGUCACCGAGUACAAGCGCCGAUACAACAUCCCACCUCCUCCCCACUUCGACAAGUGGUUCCAAUUCGCCCAGGAUCGCAACGUCCAGCUCAUAGACGAGUUCGACACUAUCUACCACUCGCUGCUUCCGUUCUGGGGUCUGAAGCCUGUAACCAUAAGACGGAGGGUUCAAGAGGCAAUUGGCUUCGAUGGCAACAAUUUGAUUGCUCUGAUGAUACGAGGUGGAAAGGUUNNACACGUACGGAGCGGACAAGAAUGGCAGCAAAAGGCGACGAUCGGCAUGAUGGACAAAUUUAUUCAGUACCUGCCUGACAUGGACCUGGCUUUCAACAUCCACGACGAACCUCGAGUCGUUGUCCCACACGAUGAACUGUCUCGCUUGGUAGACGUAGCGAAGACCAAGAACAUGCCCGCCGCCUUCUUGAACCACAGCCCCAAGGACGCCUUUUCGCCUCGUCCGAAAGACCUGAACCCAGGUGAACGUGUUGACGAGGUCAAGAUCACACGCUUCAACGUAUUUGCUCACCAGCCUACCUGGAUCCCGUCGCGUAUGUCGUGUUCUCCAGACAGCCCUGCUAGAGCGCUGGAAGAGGAAACAACCCCUGACAACAUCGCAUCCUAUGCCAUGAGCGAGCUAGGCUUUGUGUAUAACGACACUGCCUUCAGCGACGUCUGCAACUCUCCUUCCUUUGGCACAUCACACGGCUUCUUUGACCGACCAAAUGCCUUCAACGUUGUGCACGACCUUGUGCCAAUCUUCUCGCAAUCCAAGAUGAGUAGCUUCCAGGACAUCCUAUAUCCUUCGCCCUGGUACUGGUAUGGUAAGGUAACCUACGAUUCACACAAGGACGUGGCCUGGGAUAAGAAAGAAGGCAAGCUUUGGUGGGUUGGUAGCACGACUGGCGGCUUCUCACGCGACGGAGGCUGGCGCCGUCAACACCGUCAAAAGUUUGUGCACAAGCUCAAUGCGCCUGACCAGGCCAAGAUCAUGUACGAUGCACACCUCACUACAGCUACCUCGCACGACGACAAGACUCCCGACUGGCAAACGCGCUCUGUGCCGCGCUCCGACUAUGCAGAACUUAUGGAUGUCCACUUCUCUCAUGUCGGUCAAUGCGAUCCUGGUGAUUGCGAUGCCCAGAAGGAAUUCUUCAAGAUCGUCCCACCAGCCGACCAGCAAGAUGCUUGGAAGUACAAAUAUCUGCUUGAUAUCGAUGGCAAUGCCUUCAGUGGCCGAUUCUAUGCUUUCCUCAAAUCCCACAGCUUGGUGUUCAAGAUGGCAGUCUUCCGCGAGUGGCAUGCGGAGUGGCUCAAGCCCUGGAUCCAUUACGUGCCUCUAAGUCUGAGAGCAGAAGAAGCUCUUGAGUCGGUACGCUACUUUGGAGCUGAGGAGGCCGGCAAAAGCAUGGCUGUAGAAAUGGCUGAACAAGGCAGAGAUUGGAGCAACAAAGUGCUCAGAAACGAAGACUUUGAAGUGUGGUUCUUUAGGCUCUUGCUCGAAUACGGCAGGCUUGUUGACGAUAACAGAGAGAGUAUCGGGUUUGUCGCAUAG